AUGGACUGCGGCGGAGGGCCUGACGUGGUCCCUUCUUUAGGCCCUGUGCCUGAUGAACUUACUAAGAGGUCAUACUCUGGAGCUCCUUGGCAGAAUGGGGCCAGCCCAACUCCCUUGCCUGAGCCUGGUGUGGAUCUGCAGGCCAUUGGACUCGACUCCCAGAGCAAUCAGCACUGCCAUGCUCAGCAGGGCCUCAGUGAGCCUUAUAACUGUCAGAAGGAGAGGGCCCGGCGACAGUUGUAUGUAGCAUCCAUCAUCUGCCUUGUCUUCAUAAUCGGAGAAGUUGUGGGGGGUUACCUGGCCCACAGCUUGGCUGUCAUGACAGAUGCAGCUCACCUGCUUACUGACUUUGCCAGCAUGCUCAUCAGCCUCUUCUCUCUCUGGAUGUCCUCCCGGCCAGCGACCAAGACUAUGAGCUUUGGCUGGCAUCGAGCAGAGAUCUUGGGGGCACUACUGUCAGUGCUGUCCAUCUGGGUGGUGACUGGAGUCCUAGUAUACCUGGCUGUGCAGCGUCUAGUCUCUGGAGACUAUGAGAUUGAAGGUGGGGCUAUGCUGAUCACUUCAGGCUGUGCUGUGGCAGUGAAUAUCAUAAUGGGGUUUACUCUUCACCAGUCUGGCCAUGGCCAUGGGCAUAGCCAUGGACACAGUCAUGGGACCAAUUCAAAGCAGGAGGAGCAGAACCCCAGUGUCCGGGCAGCCUUUAUCCAUGUGGUUGGGGAUCUACUGCAGAGUCUGGGUGUCCUAGUGGCCGCCUACAUUCUCUACUACAAGCCUGAGUACAAGUAUGUGGACCCCAUCUGUACCUUCCUCUUCUCCAUCUUAGUCCUGGGUACCACUCUGACCAUCUUGAGGGACGUGGUUCUCGUGCUGAUGGAAGCAACCCCCAAGGGGGUGGAUUUCACUGCAGUCAGAGACCUUCUGCUCUCCGUGGAAGGGGUGGCAGCCCUACAUAGCCUGCAUAUCUGGGCUCUGACGGUAGCUCAGCCUGUGCUCUCAGUCCACAUCGCCAUUGCCCAGGAGGCAGAUGCCCAGGCUGUGCUGAAGGAGGCCAGAUCCCGACUCCAGAGAAUGUUCCAUUUCCACACCACCACCAUCCAGAUAGAGGAUUAUUCAGAGGACAUGAGAGACUGUCAGGAAUGCCAAGGCCCCUCUGACUGAGCCUCCUCCCAGCCCUGAGCUGCCACCCAUCCCAGAGCCGCCUGGAAUUUCAGUGAUGAGAAGUGUAUGGGACUGGGGGUGGGGAAGAAGAGGGCAGCACGUUUCAUGCUUUUCUCAGAUCCUCAGAGCACCUCACCAGGACGCAGCCCAUUCCUACAUUCCUUUUUAUAUAUAUAUAAAUUUAGCCAUGUCCUGGACCCCCUUUUGGGGCCCUUGGACUACACUGGAUUUAUUGUCUGAGCUGAGCCAGUCCCUCAUUCGGGACCACCUCUGCCAACAAUGCUCCCGGUUGGCUCCCCUCGGCCCACUGAAAACACC